CGCAGCGGCCCGCCAGCGGCGGCGGCGCCAAGAUGGCGGACUUCCUGCCGUCGCGCUCCGUGCUGUCCGUGUGCUUCCCGGGCUGCGUGCUGACGAGCGGCGAGGCCGAGCAGCAGCGCAAGUCCAAGGAGAUCGACAAGUGCCUGUCGCGGGAGAAGACCUACGUGAAGCGGCUCGUCAAGAUCCUGCUGCUCGGCGCGGGCGAGAGCGGCAAGUCCACCUUCCUCAAGCAGAUGCGGAUCAUCCACGGCGAGGACUUCGACCAGCGCGCGCGCGACGAGUUCCGCCUCAUCAUCUACAGCAACGUGAUCAAAGGUAUGAGAGUGCUCGUAGAUGCCCGAGAGAAGCUUCACAUUCCUUGGGGAGACAACUCAAACCAGCUCAAUGGAGACAAGUUGAUGGCAUUUGACACCCGGGCCCCCAUGGCGGCCAAGGGGAUGGUCGAAGCUCAAGUUUUCUCACAAUAUCUUCCUGCUAUACGAGCGUUAUGGGCAGACAGCGGCAUCCAGAAUGCCUAUGACCGGCGUCGAGAAUUUCAACUGGGUGAGUCUGUAAAAUAUUUCCUGGAUAACUUGGAUAAACUUGGAGACUCGGAGUACAUUCCAUCACAACAAGACAUUCUGCUUGCCAGAAGACCCACCAAAGGUAUUCACGAGUACAGCUUCGAAAUUAAAAAUGUUCCUUUCAAAAUGGUUGAUGUAGGUGGUCAAAGGUCAGAAAGAAAACGUUGGUUUGAGUGCUUCGACAGUGUGACAUCGAUACUUUUCCUUGUUUCCUCAAGUGAGUUUGACCAGGUGCUUAUGGAAGAUCGACUGACCAAUCGCCUUACAGAAUCUCUGAACAUUUUUGAAACAAUCGUCAAUAACCGGGUUUUCAGCAAUGUCUCCAUAAUUCUCUUCUUAAACAAGACAGAUUUGCUUGAGGAGAAAGUACAGAUUGUGAGCAUCAAAGACUAUUUCUUAGAAUUUGAAGGAGAUCCCCACUGCUUAAGAGACGUCCAGAAAUUCCUGGUAGAAUGUUUCCGUAGCAAGCGCCGGGACCAGCAGCAGAAGCCCCUGUACCACCACUUCACCACGGCCAUCAACACGGAGAACAUCCGCCUCGUGUUCCGGGACGUGAAGGACACGAUUCUCCAUGACAACCUCAAGCAGCUCAUGCUACAGUGACACACACCAGGCUUGCCUUUUUUUUUUUUUUUUUUUUGUCUCCUUGAUUUCUGUUUGUUUUGUUUUUUAAAAUAGCAGUUUACAACAGACUUAGGAAAAUCUUGAUUCUCUGUUUGACUUCUUGGAAAUCUUAGUCCUUCUGUGGACUUUGGUUUGUGGCGGAAAGCUGCUGAGCAAGCACAUCAGCUUUGAUCUCUCGCCGGGGCUUCCAUUUGAUGAAGUUGUCAUUUCCUGCCAGACCUCACUCAGACUAGGUAUAAUCCAGGCUUUAAAUUCUGCCACUUUUGAACUGAAUUCUCCCGUCGUGCCAAGUGUAGAGGAUGUCCUUACAUGUUUGUAGAUAGCGGAUAAGAAUGUGCAGUUCUAAAACAAGAUAUUUUUGUCUGCCCUGCACAGAGCGGCAGCUCUCGUGCCUCACUUCACAGCGACCUGUCUUGAAAGGGCUAUUGGAAAAAAGCUCAACUAUCUAUAGGUUGACACACAUUUUGCCUUUAUGUUUUUAAAAUUGCUUAUACAACAGUUUUUUUUUUUUUUUUCCAAUUUCUGUGGUUUCUGAAGGUAAUAUUCUUAGUGUUUUAAAGUUUACAUAAGGAUUUCUGGUCUGAUGCGCAUGGAGGUUCACAAACGGUACGGGGGAGCAAAAGACAAGCAGAGCCCAGAGGUGGUGAGCGAUCUGUAGUUUGCCCAUGUCCUGCUUCAUUGUCAGGUAUUUAAUGUGCCAUAUGGGAAACGCUCUGGCCCUCGCAGUAAAUGAAACUGCAAACAACUUGAUAACAGGGCUUCCAGGGAUGGUGUGUGUUUCACGCUGAGACCGAUUCCUGCCUCAGAUGACGUGGGGCUGGCCGUAGGAAGCCCGUGUCACCACAGACACCUUCCUUUUGCUCCCCCGUCCCUUCCCGUCAGCUCCAGAUGGUGACAUUGACGGGAUUCUUGUUGAUCUGAAGCAUCUAAAGGCAGUAUUUUCCUGUCGGGCUAUUCCAGGCAUCAUUUGAAAUUCCUAUUUAUUCUUGGUGUAUCUCUAAGAUACAGUGUAUGAUAUUUGUGUCAUUACUGCUUAUGAAUAAUAAACAAUACAUUCUGAGGUACAUUCUGAAUGUUUUAAGGAUACUUCUGAGGGUGGUAAGUAGUAAUUUUUCCAGUUCACACCUAAAGAUGAUUAAAUUUUACACCUCCCCCCGCCCACCACUUACCAAAUUAAAAUGGACCCACAAAAAAGGACGACAAACAACACCCAAUAUGAAUCCAUCAGGGUGACGGGUUUGCAGCCCUAGCAACACCGCCACGCAGGCUGUGUGUAGUGCUGGAGCUGGACGGAGAAGCAGAGCUGCAAGGCUGGGGACACUUUGCAAAGUCUGACUGCUCUUCUCCUUUCCCUGAAAGUUGGGAUUGAGACUGUGAUCUGUCACUUUACUGUAUAAGCUGACUGUGUUCUCAGGUAUUUUAUUGACUAGGAAGUUCUUGAAAGAAUGGUCAAAAUGAUGGAACACCCAACUUUUCCAAGACAGUGGCUCUUGGUGUGUCUUACAGUCUAGUUUGAGAGCAGAGCUUUCAGUGAGCUAAGCCAGGGAUUGCUCUUAAGAGAUCUGACUUUGCUUUGCAUUUGAAGUUCCACCCUCCUCAUCCCCACAAUAAGUGGCAUGUUCAUGCCUUGGUAAUACCUGAGCCCUGUAUCGUAUGCAAGUGUUCAUAGUGUAGCUCAUGCACGGUUGACUACUUCUACAUCUAGUGCUUCUUGCCAAAAAGAAUACAUUGUUUGAAUUCACAGAGAAUAAUUUCAGUGCUCACGAAUAUCUGAGUAUAUGCACAGUAACAUUUGGACUUUUCUUCAAUGGCAAGUCUUGUAAAUUGAGCAUAUCGUUUCAUUGAAUGGCCAAAAUUUUCUUUUAACUCCAGUGAGGGCCAAAGUAAGUGUUCUGUAUAGAGAGAAAUUUUUAAGUUACAGUUAAGAUCUGUGAUAGGAACCGCGCAGAUGCCUGACAAAGCAGAAAUCCCCAAGUUUUCCCAUUUUGACUACCACCGAGAAUGUAACACACAGAUCUGAUAUUAGUGGGGGCAUUUGUGAUUUUCUGGCCUGGUGUGUGUGAUGUCUCAGAGCCCCCAGUUUUCGGUCAAGUCUAGCGUGCUCGUAGGCUGAGAAUGACUCACGCGGCAGUGGCAGCUUAUUCAGGACUCGCGGCCACAGUCAGGUUCCGUCUGGGGGCUUUAGCUGAAAUUCAUUAUAGGCUGUAUUUUUGAACCAUUUGAAAUGAAUUCUAAACCUAGGUCCUUUUGAAGUAACCACUAUAUGAAGAGGGAGAAGAAUUUCCGUGAGCAAAAUUGAAAAGGUGCUCCUAGUUUUUUAUGCCAGUUUUCCCCCUCUCUAAAGAAAUCAUUUAAAUUUAAAAGUGUUUGCUGUGUUUUUUUUUUUUUUUCCUCCAAGACUUAAUGUUAUGAGUUAGAAUAAAAUGUACCUCAUCCUCUAUUACAUUCUGUUCUAAAAUCUGAAUGUAUCUUGGCUUAUCCUUAAGAAAUAUCACACAAGUGUCUUCAUUGACCUUGGAGAAAUUUAUAGUAUACAGAGUUGCCUUUUAAAUCAAAAACACCAUAAACUUGGGCCUUCAUUUUUAUAGAGAAAGGGAUUUUUGUCAUGUCUUCUCUGAAAAUCUAAUUUAAGGUAUGCCACUUAAAUAUUGCUUCUAAUAACUUGAAUCAUUGCUUUCUGCCAAAUGUUGUGUUAAAUGGAAACCUUCAUUUCAGUUUUAUUAUCUGGAAAGGACCCUGGGUCUAGAGCUAGAGAGCAGGAAGAUUGGUUGUACGUUUCAUUAACAAAUAAUUUACAUAGUGGAUCUCCUCUGGCUACUCUCAAGGGAGGUGGUUUAGGGAAAUCCUGUUCAGUUUGGUGAUGGUGGUAGGUUUAAAGCAGAAGGAAGUAAGAUUACCUCAAUACCAAAAUGAUUAGGAGUAUUCGUUUAGAUGCAAUGAAAUCACAUGCCCUAUAAUUUUUUGAAAGAGGAAAUGAGUAUCUUAACUUCUGAUGUAAAGCCAGAUACUUGUAUUUAUGCUUUUGAUAAAAUGUAUUUUCAGCACUAACUCAUACCCGGUUAUGCCUUAUUUAUAUGAAGAAUAAAAUUGCCAAGUUUUGUUCUGUAAUGUUCUGAAACUCAAGUCUCUAUUUGAAAAGUCCUCCAAUUGGUGCUUCCAUUCUAGAGUGAAACAUUCAGACAAAACCCCAAGCCAGGCCUUUUGAGGGACGUUUCUGUCCAUUGCAGUCUGUAGCAGUGUGAUCCCUGUAUCUGUCACGAGGAGGUAAUCAGUGUUACUGCUUCAUUUCUUGUCUGAGCCCAUGAAAUCAUGCCUGUAAAACUCAGUCACAUCUGUAACAAACUCCCUAAUAAACCUAGAGAAAGUCACACCGUUACCUUUUUAUUUCUUUCACUUUUAUUUGAAGAAUCAAGAGCGGAAAUUUGCACGAGUCUUUUUCAGUCGGAAAUCUGACUCAGACCCAGGUCAUCUUCUCUCCCGUCAUUGCCGCACGCUGCGUUCCGUUAGUCACGGGUGGUCUGUCCACGCGCCCUGCUGCCGGACUAAAAGCACUGAUUUUUUUGUUUAAGGAUGCGAGCUUCAGGAUGCAGGUUAGGCCCAGACAUGAGGAAGGGAGGGACUGUGUGUGAGUGGGCGUGUAUGGUCUCCAAGCUCCAAAUAAAGGAAGUGGAACGUGCGUGCUGCGUUACGGUACGAGGUUCAAUUCGGGCUUCAUAAACUCGCACUAGGACUGAUGUGUAAGUCUAACCUCAACAUUGCAGACAAGUUGGACUUGAUGACUUUUUCCAGUACCAUCAAGUUGCUGUUAGCCUUAGGCCAGUGAUUACUAACAUGGUUUGAAGUCCGGUGUCUGUCCCACGAGCGUUCUUGUGUGUGUGCUUGCAUGUGUAGUUAGCAUUUAAAUAAAUGUGUUCACUCUUGGGACACAUCCAGUCUAGCUCUGUGAUUUCAAAUGUCAGCGCUUACGCGAAACAAAGCAUUAAUGGUAGGGCCCUGUUUUCUGGGUUAAUAGUGGGCAGCUUUUCCAAAUCUGCUGUUGACAAUGAUGAAAAUUUCCAGAUGGGUGGAAGUAUGCCAGGACCCACCUGAUGAGUUGUCAGUCAUGAACAUCAUGAUAAAAAUAUACGACUCAUGUGGUAUAUGAUUUGGAUUAAGGAAGCUUCUUGAUCCUAUUUCUCACAUAGCAAAUAAUGCAUUUGUGAUCAUAUUUCUUACAUAGUAAAUAAUGCAUUUGGCCUGCUUACUGAUGGUACCAAGGAAUACAAGAGGAAAGCGGGUAGGGGUUAACUCUGUGUAACAAUGCAACCAAUUCUGCCGUUACCUUUUUUUUUUUUUUUUACCUCAUCCUGAAAGCAGAAUCGCAAAAAGUUUUAAGUGGCUUUUCUUAUACUACUCUAAGGUGGUAAGAGCUCAGUUACCCAAGAAGCCUUAUCAAAAGUAUAUUUUGUACAACCUCAUAGAUACUGUACCUAACAAAACAUCAUGUUGUAUUAGCUCUGUAUAAAAGUAUUUGUGGCUUAAGAUUUUUUUUAUACAUAUCUUUUUAUAACUCUCCAGGAAUGAAGCACAUCUGAUAAUGGUUGUAAAUUUUCUUUCUGUCAGUGCUUUAGUUCAGGAUUGGCAAUAAAUUAUUUCUAAAGGCGGCCUAAAAAUGGAAAGCAAGCUUGAUUUUAUACAAUGAGUUGCUAGUUCAUUAAGUCUUUUUACUUUUGUACAUAUUUUGCAAACCUUUUGCCUCUUGCUAUUAAUAUUUGCUUUGUAAAAAUGAUGUUUAAUAAACAUUUAUAAACUCAAUAUUAUGAUGUUAUUUAAAUUAGCGAGUUAGUGUCAAGUAGAUAGUUUAAAGUUUGAACUCACAAGUUUCAACUAGUGACUUAGCACAGAAAUCUGUCUUUGGGCAGAUCGCCAACAAUAGUUUGCCUUUAUAUUGGUCUGUAAACUUUUCCUUACUAAAGAUGGAGAUGUGGACCUCAUCCAAGGAAGUUCCCAGACACUUAAUGUGUUUUGACAUGGGAAUAAGGAAGGGGAGCCGCUCGUUUUUCACUGCUGCUCUCAAAAUUGCUGAAACCUCACUAGGAUGUUUCUGAGCUUACGGUUUGUCCGCCCGCUGUUAUUUCUAUUGAAAGGGUGCUUUAAAAAC